GCACCUUUAACGGACUUAAACUUCAAUUUAUAUAUCUCAUCAUUUUGAACUUUCCAGGACAAGAUAGCUUAAUUCAUGCAUUAGCCAUGAUAAAAAGUCAUUCAAACAGCAGAAAUCCCCCUAAAAAAUGGCAGUGAUUACAGUCAAAGACUGAACAAUCAAAAGGGGCGUCACUUUAAAUGAAGUAGUAUUGUGGAUCAUCUAUUUUCUCGUAGGUAAAGGAAGGUCCGGUGUAUCCUGUACCAAUGGAGAUCAAAAAGGAGGCAAUGAGACCCCUUACCUGACCUUCUGGAGAAUUUGAACUGGUGUUAUCAUGGCCGACACUCAGAUGCUUCCGGGUCACUUACCUCUGUUUGGAACCUUCCAAAGUGAAAAGCAUGAUUGUAACAGAACCCCAGGCUUAGUGCUGGUGUGAAUUACUUCAUAGCAAUUGAGUUCCCACUUGUUUCUCUUACUUUAAUCCAGUGCUGCUCUCUAGUGUUCAUUCAUCGUAUAACACUCUGUGUUGUAUGAUUGCCUUCUGCCUGGCACACAGUGAAGUUUUUUAAAAUCUAAAGGAAUUCUGAAACUGUUUGGUUCUUGUAGUGUGUGGUGAGUGAGUCUCCACUCUGGAAACUCCAUUUCAACCUUGGAGCAAAGAAGUUAUAUGUAGCUAACUAUUUUUGAUCUUUUGACAAAAAUGCCUUUCAGUUUUAGCCACAUUUUUACUUUAUAGUUUUAGUGUAGUUUUAGCUGACAACAAUUUAAAGAUUUUGUCCAUAAAAGCUUAAAUUCUUAUUUUUUGGCAUAUAUGCAGGACAGCAACUCUGAAGAACUGGAGCAGAGGAUCAUGGGGAUUUUAAUCACUGAGAAAGACUUUUCCAUCCACCCAAAGAAAUGAAGAUCGAAGGUCUCUACAUGUAGACAGUCCUCCUCACAUACCAUCUUUGACUACCAGCUACGUCCAUGGCACCUCGUCUGCCUCAAUGCUCUCUUUGACUGUAGGCCAGAGCCUGGACAGUGCUGUCCAACGCUGGCCUGACCGUGAGGCUGUGGUCUUCCUGCAGGAUGGCAUUCGGAAAACCUUUUCUCAGUUUCAGCAAGAUGUUGACAAGAUGGCUGCAGGUCUUCUUGCUCUGGGCAUGCAACGAGGCGACAGACUGGGAGUCUGGGGACCCAAUUCAUAUGAGUGGAUACUUUUCCAGUUUGCUUCAGCAAAAGCUGGAAUUAUACUGGUGUCCUUGAACCCGGCCUAUCAGGUGAAAGAGGUGGAGUUUACACUAAGAAAGGUCCAGUGUAAAGCUGUGGUCUGCCCGUCUCACUUUAAAACACAAAACUUCUGUGAGAUGCUGAGGGAGAUCUGUCCAGAGAUGGAUAAGACGUCAACAGGCAUGAUCAAAAGCUCCAGGCUUCCAGAUUUGCGUAUGGUGAUUGUGACAGACAGCAGACAACCAGGGACGUUCCAUGUAGAGGAUGUGAUGCAGGCAGGGGAGAGCCAACAUCACAAAGAGCUCAUGGAUCUGCACAGCAAGCUGUCUUUCGAUGAACCCAUUAACAUACAGUUCACAUCGGGCACUACAGGAAGUCCAAAGGGAGCAGCUCUGUCUCACCACAACAUCGUCAAUAAUGCCUACUUUAUUGGCCACCGAGUGGGUUAUGGAUGGAAACCUCAGGUACGAGUAUGCGUACCUGUACCCAUGUACCACUGCUUUGGCUCUGUCCUAGGAGGGAUGUGCAUGGCGGUGCAUGGUAUCACCCUUGUCUUCCCCUCAACAGCGUACAACAGUAAAGCCAACCUCGAAGCUAUCCAGAGCGAAAAGUGCAAUUUCAUCUACGGCACUCCCACAAUGUACACAGACAUGCUCAGCCAGCAAGUUUUACACAAGUAUGAUAUGUCUUCAGUUGAAUCUGGUAUCAUGGCAGGUUCUCCAUGUCCUGCUGAGAUUGUACGAAAACUGAGAUCAGACAUGAACAUGAAAGAAAUAGUGAUAGGGUAUGGAACCACAGAAAAUAGUCCCCUCACAUUUCUGGGUUUCCCACAAGACAACGAGGAGCUGAAGACAGAUACGGUUGGAUGCAUCAUGCCCCACACUGAGGCUAAAGUGGUAGACCCCAAUACUGGGCAGACGGUGCCUCUGGGGGCCUCAGGAGAGCUGCUGGUCAGAGGAAGCUGUGUGAUGCUAGGGUACUGGGAUGACAAUGACAAAACCAAUGAAGCCAUCUGCCAGGCUCGCUGGUACAGGACUGGAGACACAGCCAGUCUGAAUAAUCUUGGAUACUGUCGCAUCGAGGGUCGUAUGAAGGAUAUGAUCAUCCGAGGAGGGGAGAACAUCUAUCCUGCUGAGAUAGAACAAUUUCUGUUUACACAUCCAAAAGUACAGGAGGUGCAGGUGGUUGGAGUGAAAGAUGAAAGGCUGGGUGAGCAGGUGUGUGCCUGCAUCAGGCUGAAGGAGGGCCAGACUUCUACAACAGAGGAGAUCAGAGCAUUCUGUAAAGGCCAGAUUGCUCACUUCAAGAUCCCUCACUAUGUUUUCUUUGUGGACAGCUACCCUCUGACAGCAUCUGGAAAGAUCAAGAAGAAUGUUUUAAAGGAGCAAAUGGAGAACAAAUUAGGCCUUUAAUUUUGUGGAAUCUGGUGGAUUGGGAAACCAGAAACCUAACAAGUGGAUUUUG